AUGAACGUCGAGAACGAGAGGCAGUCGUCCCCCGCCAUCCACAAUGUCCCCCUAAAUGACGUCGAAUCUGGCUUUGGUCGCGCAUCCCGAAGUCGAACUCUCGCAUGGCCCAGCUUUCGAGGCUUCUCUGCUUCAGAGGUUCUUUAUGAUCCAGCAAAGCUGGCUCCGCUCCUCGAACACUUUGCCGACCACUGGCAGGAAUAUCUAGAAGACUGGUUCACUAAACUGGGCAUCGUCAUCACCCCCAGCUAUUUACAGCACUUGGUCGGCGGCCAGCCCCCGCCGCAGACAAAGCUGCAUGCGAUCGCUGCGCUGGAUGGUUUGCGAGGAUGGGCCUGUUUAUUGGUGUUCAACUUUCACUUUCUCUUCACCUAUACUUGGAAGGUCGCGGUUGGGUGGGGAUUCAACAAUGAGAACUGGCAUCUGUAUCAGCUGCCUAUCAUCCACGUCCUGGUCUCGGGUCACAUCAUGGUCGCCAUAUUCUUCGUAAUAUCGGGCUAUGUCCUUUCCUAUAAGCCGCUCAAAUUGGUCCGCAGUCGGGCUUACGAUGAGACAUAUGUUACCCUGGCUUCUUCGACAUUACGACGAGGCCUUCGCUUAUACAUCCCCUCGUUCGUUGGCAUCUUUCUUGUCUUGGUAGCCGUACGAUUGGGCGCAUACAAUUAUUCGCAAAAAGUUCUUUUUGAAGGCCACACGAUCAGGGGUACCAACGAACAACAUCCACCGAUCAUGGUCAGAUCUCUGACCAAACAGUUGUGGGACUGGUAUUAUACGCUUACGCGCCUUAUGGACCCGUUCGACUGGGCCUUGUAUUAUAAUAACUAUAAUCCUCACCUGUGGACGAUUCCCGUUGAGUUCCGCAGCUCUAUCGUUCUCUUCCUUACAAUUCUCGCUACAGCGCGCGUGAAGACAGCCGUUCGUAUAUCCUUGGUUAGCAUGUUGGUAUGGUUCUGUAUGCGCUAUGGCCGCUGGGAUGUCGUUCUUUUCCUGGGCGGUAUGCUUAUGGCUGAGGCCGACCUAAUCCAAGGUCUUUGGGAGACAUGCCCAUCUUCCGGAGAGGCUGGUGAUAAAGAGAAACGCAGCUGGACCAGCGCUGCCUUGCCUCAACGCCAAUUCUCCUUUCGCUUGGUGAAUCGCAAGCGCUGGAUCGCUCUUUUCAUCCUGGGAUUAUAUCUAGGAUCUACCCCCAACACCGGGUACAAGUUUACGCCCUUCUUCAUGUGGACUUGGCAUAUCACACCAAAAACAUAUCCGGAACCGCACCGUUUUCCACAGACCUUAGGUGCGCUCAUGAUUGUCUACAGUAUCAACCAUUCAAAAGAUAUCCAAAAGCUCUUUGUCAACCCCGUGUCGCAGUACCUUGGGAAGAUCUCCUUCGCGUUUUACAUUGUCCACGGGCCCAUCCUCCACUCAUUGGGGUACUCGCUCAUGCCAAACAUUUGGCAUAUCACUGGCAAAGAGACAGACUUUCAGUACUGCCUCGGCUUCUUCAUUGGCUGGCUCAUCUGUCUUCCGAUCUCGCUCUGGGCAGGUGACCUUUUCUGGCGUUUGGUUGACAUUCCAAGCGUAAAUCUAGCAAAGUGGAUCGAGACCAAGGUCCUCGCCCAAACAGCGGGACGCGAAAAGCAAGAGAGAGUUGCAUAG